GGUGGCUGGAUGGAGAGAUAACCGCAGAGCUCUCUUCUGCUGGCUCCGAGCCAGACUCUCCGCUCUUUCCCGAAGUUUUCCGAUUAACGCCGAAGUGAGAGCAUCCCCACACCCGAGUCAGGCCGAACGAAAUCUUUGGCUGCUUUCGAUCUUCCCCGUUAAGGAGUACCACUGCCGAGUAGGGGGUGGAGGGGUGGUCGGGAUCAGUAAAAGAAGGGGAAAAAAAUAAAAAUUCAUCACCGCCGAGCCCCUCCCGUUUGAGUGAGAGUCGGAUUCGAGGCUGAUCUAAGAGUCCCCUGAUUCAAGAUGAACGUAAUUGGAGCUGCGGUGUUUAGCGCCCUGUUCUGCACGGUUGUGUCCUCGUCUUCAAAAGUCCAUGAAGAGCACAGGACAGCCUUCUUCGGCGAGGACGUCCACAUCGACAUCAAAUCCCUGAAUGACUUAGAGGUGGUGUUCAAACCCAGAACCAAGCCCUCCAUGGAGGUGUUCAUAAUGCGAGCAGGAAAGCCGGUUAACGAAUCAAAAGCCCAGCUGACCUAUGACGACCUGGUGCUGAAGGACGUGCAGGAGGAAGACGAGGGCGUUUACAUCAUCAGAAGCAGCACGAACUCCAGCGCAACCGAGCACUUCAUCCUCACAGUCAGGGACUGUUCACUGGAGCAGAUGGUGAAGUAUGGAGAUACCUUCACCAUCCAUCUCAAAGGACUUGAAGGCCCCAUCACUCUGGAGUUCAGACCUUCCCUGAUUAAAGUCAACCAGACUCACGUGCUGCCCGUGUCCGAGUCUCCACCUGUGCUGCUGUACAACAAAACCUCAGUGCUGGGGGAGGAUUAUGCAAGCCGCCUCAGAGUGACAGAGAAGCAGGUGAUCUUAACCUCAGUCAGGAUGACAGACGAGGGAAGCUUCACCGUGAUUGACCGUGAGGGCCAAAUCAAGAUGAAGAACUGUCUCAAUGUCAAAGAUCACCAGAUUUUCCUGAAGCCCACCGAAGGAGAAAACCUGAAGAUAAAACUGUACCAGCCUUUUUCCAAUGUUAGUGUUGUUUUCAAACUCAAGUCAGACAAUCAGGACCGAGUGAUCAUCAGUCAUGGGGUUCUGGAGGACCCUCUGGACCCUCAGCUGGACGGCAGACUGACGGUGGAGGGAACGGAGAUCACCAUAAAGAAGAUCAACUCAGCUGACACGGGAAUCUUGAAGGUCACAGACCUGGCUGGCUUUUCUGUGGCUCACAUCUACAUAACUGUAGAACCAUAUAAGUUGCCCCCCCUGACUACGGCCAUCCUGGCCCUGCUGGGCCUCGUCGCCUUCAUGUUGCUGGUGUGCCUGCUGUCCUGCCUCUACUCAGUGCACAAGAGGAACGAGAAGAACAGGAAGCUGAUGCUCAUCGCUCAGCAGGCGGGGAAGGGAGACGGCGAGGCUUUCAGACAGGUGGUCGCUGAGGCGUACACCAGGUUCACCGAGGAGUCUCUGACGCAGUCCGUGUGUGACAAACCGUCGGAGUGCACAGAAGUCACCAUCAAGGGACUUGAAGUGUCCAAACCAGGCCGCUACCACACUCUCUCCUCUGACAAUUUUCUGGAGAUGAGUGAUUCUGGAGUUGAGUUCAACAGCUCUGGUCUCCCGCUGGACAGCGACACAGAUGCUGCCGUGACCUACGCCUCCCACAAGCCCCUGCUGAACGCCGCCUCCCCUCCCGCCGUGACCGAAGGAGUGACCUGUGGUAGCCCGGAGGCCACCGCGGUCCCCGACGGCGACCUCAGCGUCAUCCUAACCCCUGACUCUGUCACCAGCCCCAGUCCUGCCUCCAAUCCUCACUCACUCACAGUUGUCACCCCUGAUGGGAGCCAGCAUGGUGCUGCAUCGCCAGGAGUGGCCUCUAGGGGCACUGCUGGGUCAGCCAAGUCCGAGGAAGAGGCUGAAGGAGAAGGUCUGCAGAAAGAGUAAUCAGCUGCUGAGAGGGAGCAGCAAGGCAUGCUUUUCAUCUCCUCAAACAUGACAGGAUUAUCUUCAUAUCUAAACACAGAAAGAGUCUUUCAUCACUGCAUAGAAGCACCACUGACAAAAUAUUGACGCUUUGAUGCAAAUAUUAGAGUAGAACAAAAGGAAAGUCAGUUCAACAAAUUCAUAAUGUAUAAUUUAAAGCACUCUGCGCAGAAAAUGAAAUGCAGAAGAACAAAGUUGAAUUCUAUGAAAAGAACAAAGCAACUCUGUGCAUAUAAAAUGCAUGCAUUUCAAUUAAACAUGAAAGAUAUCCUAAAUCCGAUCCAGAGGAGCAUGCAGACAUUAGUCAGCUGCAUGCCUGCUUCACCAGUCGAGAUGGAAAACAGUAAAUGUUUCAUCAAAUGUAUUUAUAUCUAAUAAUUUACCUGUCAAAAUGUUUGUUAGAUAUAAAAACUGAGCAUGUGUGGAGUCGAUGUGCUCUUAAGACUCACAAAGUCACACGCAGAAUCACACAAACCGGAAAAAAAACAACAAAAUAGAGCAAUUGAGCUUUGAGGUGAUGCGUGGUGCAUUACUUCUGGCAGCACUUUUGUCCGCUCAGAGCAUCGAACCCUGCAAUGAUUGCAUUUUAACUCGCCCACACGCUCCAUUAUCAAGCGCACAAACAAGUCAGGAGGCAUCUCAGACAGAACUGCUUCCCUCAGCACUCACUCGCUCCUCGCUGCUCAACUUAUUUAGGCGUUAUUUUUCCAAAACCUGCAAAUUGAAAAGAGCUCGGUCGAACCGAGAAAGCUGUUUCAUUUCUCACACGUUGGCUGACAGAUCAGCUGUUUUCUUGUGGAAUAGGUGCACAAAAUCUGCGUGUCAUUCAAACAGACACAAGACAACACGUUUUAUGAGUAACAUCAAUCUGCUUUUAUUUUUCCCACUAGAGAAAUUGCUGUUUGCCUCUUUGGAAGGAAAAUGAAAUCUAGAAAAAUCGGAGAGGCUCUCGAGAGCACAACUAUGUCUUCCUCUGCCGCAGAAGCCCUACCUGGACAUUGUUGAUCAAGUUCCAGCAACAAAAGAGAGGACAGAGAUUGAACAGGGUACUAUUCGGGGAACAGAUAAAUGACUUUUGUGAUUUAAAGCUUCCCAUUUUCAUCCCAGUGCCAAUCUAUCUCCCACUACUCUGGUUAUUGUGCCCCAGUAGUUUGUCAAAAUGAAGUGACUGAACAGAUUUAGUGAGAUCAGUCUGUUAUAAAGAUUCAGAGAGGCAAAAAUAUAUAUAUAUAUAUAGUAAGAGAUGUUUGUGAGGAGCUACUUCAUGAUCCGAGGAUGUCCUUUUUUUGCCAGAAAAGCUCUUAGAAUAA